AUGAUACCUUCAAACGAAACCCUCGCUGCUUUCGAGGGAGCUAUGUUCAACGCAAAACCCCAUGCUAAUCAUCCAGCUCUGGGAAACCUAAUUCUCCUCGUUUUCGAGGCUGUGAUGGAGGUCGUUUGCGUAUCGCUGCCGGGCUACAUUAUCGCUAGAGGUGGUAUGUUCGAUGCAGAUAUGCAAAAGUUUGUUGCGAACUUGAAUGUUUCGUUGUUUACACCCUGUCUGAUUUUUACAAAACUGGCAAGUCAGCUUACUUUGGCGAAGAUCGUCGAGCUGGCUGUAAUACCGGUGAUCUUUGUUGUCAUGACGUUGGUUUCAUAUUUGUGCGCCUUGAUGGUUUGCAAAAUAUGCGGGUUCAACAAGAGAGCGAGAAACUUCGUCAUUGCUAUGGGUGUUUUCGGAAAUUCAAACUCUCUCCCAAUUUCGCUGGUUAUCUCGCUUUCAAUGACAAUAUCUGGACUCCACUGGGACAAGCUUCCGAACGAUAACGACGAAGAAGUCGCUGCUCGUGGUAUCCUCUAUCUUUUAAUCUUUCAACAGCUUGGACAGCUUGUCCGUUGGUCUUGGGGCUACCAUGUUCUGCUUGCCCCUCCACCUAAGGUAACCCAACCGGAGAACGGAAAUACAGAUAUCCGAGUUUAUCGCGAUGAUCCAAGCGAUACUGAGAGCGACCUUGAAUCCCAAGGCGUCAGAGUUGACCCUUUCAUGUCACCACAAUUCCAGAACAGCUAUGUAGGACUUCACAAACAACUUAACGAACCAGUUGACAACCAAGGCGACCUACUAUUCCCGGAAUCCCGCCAUCAUUCCAGAAAGACCACAGCCGGUACCAGUGACUCUGCUUUUGGAUCAAAUGGUGGACCUUCAGGCAACCAAACACCGAAAUCUCUCAAGACUGGUGCCAGCAGUUUAACUGUAUCAGCACAAUCUAGUCGCCCCUCGACCCCUCCUAGUGAUGGAAUCCUACCGACCCCGACUCAAGGCAAUUUUGGCAACCGCGAUCUUACCCGAUUCCCAAGGGUUCAUAAUUCUGUACCUGCCCAGCCUCGUUGGUUGGAACAGAAGGCCCCAUUUGUGUCUCGCGUCUUCAAAUCUAUUGGGAAUGGAGUUGUACGCUUUUGUUUGGGACUUCAAGAUUUUAUGAACCCUCCGCUUUAUGCCAUGUUAGCGGCGGUAAUUGUUGCCUCGAUCCCUUCUUUGCAAAAACUUUUCUUCACUCAGGGCACCUUCCUCCAGAAUUCGGUGACACGCGCAGUCAGUCAGUGUGGCAAUGUCGCCGUUCCUCUGAUCUUGGUCGUUCUCGGCGCCAAUCUGGCAAGAAACACUCACCCCAAGACCAAUGCUUCGACCGAGCGUCAUGAGACAAAGCUCCUCUUUGCAGCCCUCAUCUCCCGCAUGGUGCUUCCGUUCGUUUUCAUUGCUCCCAUGCUCGCGAUUGCCGCCAAAUACCUCAAUAUUUCAAUUCUUGAUGACCCUAUCUUUGUUAUAGUCUGCUUCUUGUUGGCUGGUGCUCCGAGUGCCCUGCAGCUGGCUCAAAUUUGCCAGUUGAAUGGUGUCUAUGAGUCUGUUAUGGCGAAGAUUUUAUUCUGGAGUUACGUGGUUGUCAUCUUACCUAGUACUUUGGUCCUGGUAAUCACGGCUAUUGAGGUUGUAGAAUGGGCCAUGUAA